AUGGAUACUGCUAUUUACACAUCCAUUGCUCGAGCUGCGGUUCUUGGAGACGGCUUCUGGCAGAUGAAUACAAGAGACGCUGCAGCUUUUGGAUCAGCAGCAAUGUCUUCGAAUCAAGGUCGAAGCCAGGAUCAAUACCAGAACCCGAAUCAGUAUCACAGCCGGAAUCAAUAUCAGGGUCCGAGUCAAUACCAGAGUUCGAGUCAAUAUCAGUACCAGAAUCAUAAUCAAUAUCAGAAUCCAAGUCAGCUGGCGAACCAGAGCUCGACCGCAGGGUCAACUCCAGUCAUGGUGCCGCCAACCCUUGCGUCGUCUGCGACUCAGGUCAAGUCGGAGCAAGACUGCUUCGAGCUCCUUGCAUUGGAGUUUGCAUCUUUGCCAGACCGUGAAAUGCCCCCAGAGGUCUCGGAUCCUGUAGCCGGACAGCAGCAGCAGCAGCUCACGAAGCCAUCAUCAGCAACGGCAAUGCCUGAUCACAGAAUCACGCCAAACACACCGACUAACAAUUUCGUCGCCAAAACCAUCCGCGCUGCCAUGGCGGACAUUAAGCCCAGCUCGUGA